UUUAAGCAGCUCCACAUAGAAAUCUGAUUCUUAACGAGUUACCGCCAGAAGAGGUCGUCCUGCCCUCUCGCUUCCAUUCUCACUACAAUUAACAGAGAGGUUAAUUCGCCCAGUUUGGCCAGGAAGGUGGCACACUUCAAAAUCAUCCAGCCACAAGCAAUCAGCGGUAGGCUGGCCUUUCUUUCAUGACUGAAUGUUGCCUGUGCGCAAGUAAAUGCCUGCCAUCCACCUGGACCAGGUCUGGAUGUGGCACUUCACCGCCAACAGCUAAAUGUCAAACCUUUGGCAAAGUGCGCGCGCCGCCCUGCGCCACACAGUGAUGAUGGGUGGACCGAGCGGAGAGGGGCGAUAGGGCACAUUUCUUAAUUUCCCUUCAGCGCCGCUUCCCCCACCAUCCAGACCUGGACACGCGACGAGACCGCGGGACGGCCCUGUUUCCCGUUCACACAGCGAUCCAAUGUAUUAUUCACGAGCGAAACUUCAGCAACUUGUCCACUGGAUAUGGCUCCCGGUUUGAGGAGUGGGCGGACAGGUCACCUCAGAGUGGCGGGAACCGGCGGGGCAGACCCCGAUGGGUGCUCGCCGCAGCGGACGGAUGCAGGAGGAGAGGGGAGGUGUUUGAGGACCAGGUUGCGAGUCGGAGCAGCGGGGAUGCUUGCAAACUGUCUGCUGUCUGUAGCAGUGCUUUUACUUCUUGUCCGGUGCUCUUUGGCCGCAGAGGAAAAAUCCACCUACGAUGCCUCAGGCUCCUCACCUUUACCGAGCGACCCAGCAGUCACAGGCGUUCCUGCUCACCCAUCGGCUGACCUGUCAGUGGCUGAGGAGGUGCCUUUCCCAGUUGUCCAUUCAGACAGUCACUCAGACACUGAUGCGGAGGGCUUAUCGGGGCAGCCUGCUUUUUCUUCUGUCUUAACCAUGAUGGCAGGAACUGUCAAACAUCCAGUGAGCCUUGAUCAAAGUAGAACCUUGCCAACUAUCACCAGGGAUGAGAUCCAUACCACCCAAUGGCCUUCACGUAAUUCCAGCCAGGGCUCAGACAUGUCCUCCUCAUCGUCACAUGUGGGAGCCAGCUCAGAAGCAGAGACGGAUGAAUUAACCGCUGGAACUUCCAAAACACUUGGACUCACUUUCCCCAAAGAAAUAGAGGCUAGUUUAAGCCCCUCUCAAUCAGUCAGAAUUACCCAUUCUGCUGGGCCUACCGAGAGGACAACUCAGGUAUCACCUCUGACCCCUCGACAAGACACCACGACAGCCUCUGUUAAGCUUUCCACCACUACAGCUUCAACCACAAAAACUAAAAACUCCACCACGCCUUCCCUAAGAGUCACUACGCAGUCAACCACCACUACCACACCACAGACCACGUUCGCGACCGGGAAAACCACAACCGUCAGGACUCAGUCCAACAGGAGAACAUUCACACCGCCUGUCCUAAGAACGAGCCCUCCCAGGGGGGUCACGGCUGUCUUCAUCUCACCUUUCACCACUACCACAGAGACUCCACCACAGCAGUGCAACAUCACUGAGAGAAUGUGGGUGAAAACAGUUGUUUCCAUCUAUGUGAGGAGAAACAGGCUAGACAGCAUUCAGAGGCAAAACCUGCGAAGGGGACUAAGUCAAGGCCUCAGGAAAGCUCUCAAUGAUACCUCUGCCCAAGCACAGGUGGAGACUGUAUUUGGUUCUCCCAACAUGACAGUGGCUUAUCACGUGACUGGAGGGGAUAUAGUUUACCCUCCGUCUGUAGUGAUGGAAGGCUUGGCAUCCUAUGGCCGUGAUAAGCUGAUUGCAGACCUGCGGCAGUACCUCCCCAUGGUAACAGCCCUGCCCCUCCCGGUUGCAUUAUGGAGACCCAGCCCAGCCACAGGCUUCCAGCUGAAAACAGUGCUACAGUUUGUGGGAGUAGGUGAUGAUCCUCGGUCCUGUCGCUUCUCUCAAAUGAUGGAACAGAGGCUUGAGAAGGUUUUUUCCGAAGCGCAGGCCAAAGUGCUUAACGCUAACAGCAGACUCUCUGUUCAGAUGCUGAGUGUCUCUCAGGCAGCAGGAUCCCCUGCUGUGUCACUGGUCUACACUCUAAAGAAUGGGACUGGCUUUCUUAAUGGCACUGCUGCCUCAAAUCUACUUGGUCAGCUGUCAGCUGAACUAGUGGGCUACUUCCUCUUCUAUCCGCCACUUAUUGUUGCUGAGCCAAUGGAAUAUCACAAUCUGAACACUUCAAUAGCAACCAGAGACUUCUGGGUUGUUACAGUGAUCCAGGAUGUGGAUAAUGCCAGCCUGGAGGGACAGUACCAAAGCUUCGCCAGUCUAAUGGAACAGCGCCUGGCAGAGUUGUUUGUGUUGGCGGGCCAGCAGGGCACUCGUUUUAGACGAGCAACGACUGUAGGCAGCUACACUGUCCAGAUGGUGAGCAUCCGCCGGAUCUCAGGGUUGAAGAAUCCGGCCGAGAUGACCUACUAUGUCCAACACAAUGGCAUUCCUUUAUUGGGCACAUCAGCUGCCAAGGUCCUGAACACAGUGGAUUCUCAGACUAUGGCGCUCACCCUGGGCUACUUUGUCCAGGUGCAAGCAGAACCUGUCGUCAAGAACCCUCCUAAUAACCUUUGGAUAAUCGCUGCUGUUUUGGCCCCGAUCUCCGUAGUAACACUCAUUAUUAUCAUCAUCACAGCUGUGCUGUGCAGGAAGAAUAAGAAUGACUUCAAAGCGGAUGCCAUCGGUAACCUUAACCCACGAGCUAAGAUGGCGUACCGGAGAGAUGUGGGCUAUUAUCACCAGCCAGUCCAAGGUUUUGACUAUGCCAAACAGCACCUUGGCCAACAAGGAGGAGAUGAGGAAACACUGCCUGUCAGUCAGGAUACCUUAGUGAUGUCUCUACAAAUACGGGACACACCACUUUCACUAGAAAAGGCUCUGCAACAAGAUGGAACUGCCAACAAGAAAAGUCUCACCACUGACAAACACAAAAGCAAGUUGCCAAGUGAGGAUGGUUCCGUCAUCAGCAACGAAUCAGAGAAGCCCAAUUCCGGCAGGGGCCUGACGGUGUCGAAAAUCACAGCACAGCAGAAACUGACAAAGGAGGAGACUCGCAAGAGGGACGAUCCAUAUGACACCUCCUCUGGCUCCCUGCAGCUUAUCUCCAUAAAGCCAGUGGCAGCACAGACCAACUACUCACAUCCGGCAUCCUCUGACCGCAGCCAGGACUCGGCUAUUGUCAAUGGAGAGGUGAACUUGGCACUGAAGCAGAAGUCAGACAUUGAACACUACAGGAACAAGCUGAGGCUGAAGGCUAAAAGGAAGGGCUAUUAUGAUUUCCCAUCCACCAAUGGCAGCAGCAGUGGCCGGGCUGUGGCACAGAGACAGCGACACGGUCAUGAGAGGGCUGCCGAUGAGCAUGGAAGACCGCUGGAGCCUGAUGAUGAGCGAGGUUCUACUUAUGUCAAGUCUCACAGAAGGCACUCGCAGGUAGGGCAGGCGGCCUAUCGAAGCAGACAAAGCUUAAGCAGUCCGAGCCCCGGAGGAACAGAGAUGGACCUGCUUGUAAUGAGAGAGAGACCCAGGAGAGGCAUCCGCAACAGCGGCUAUGAUCGAUCCUCUGAUGGGGAAUUAAAAUCCACAGGCUUCAUUACUGAGCCAGAGUUGAUUGAGGAGACAAAUGUUGAUCGUAUCAUGGGACCGCGGGGAUACAUGUAUGGACGGGGCUUGAAAGGCCACUCAGAGACAUCCACUCUCAGCUCGCAACCGUCGAUUGAUGAAGUGCGACAGCAGAUGCACCUGCUGCUAGAGGAGGCUUUCAGUCUGGCUUCAGGGGGGCAGUCCACAUCUGGAAGGCACUCCCACCACCACCAACCAAACCACUACAACCCUGCGCCGCCUCCCCUCCCUUAUGCAGAUGUGGUGACCAGUGCACCGGGUACAAUGAGCUCUGGACAGGGAGGCCUCCAGUGGGUGCCAUCUUAUGGUACAGAUAUGUAUCAGUGUAGCCUGCCGGAACCAGCCUUUCGCUUCACCCAGCUUCCUGAGGCCAUGGGUUCUCCUCCCCCUUUACCACCUCGCACUGGGCCCCCUCCUGGGACUUCUCUAAGACGUUCCACUUCUGACUUGGGGCCUAAGGGAAGGAGCUUAGAGACAUCUGUCGCUGAAAUGCAGAGUCAACAUGACAACAACCCAUAUGGGCCAACCACUAGAGCAGCACUUCCAUCUAUCACUGCAGAGCAGCCUGUGUCCAACUACUCAGGAAACCCAAUCACGGCUGUCUAUGCCAUCCCAGCCACGAGGCCCGGUUACUCAGAAUACUUUGUGUCCACACCGCCCACCUCCUACCACAGUCCCUCUUGGAUGUCUUAUCCACCUGAACCCGAGGAUGUGCCGCCACAGUGGGCAGAUUCUGUGCCCCUGCCUGGGUACGUAGAGGCUUUUCCUCAUCCUCGCUACCCACAGGGGAGCCCCACCAGGCUGCCUCUGCAGUAUAACCAGACACUGGAGCAGCCACCACCUGCCCCAAGCACAUCAUCCCAGCAAAGUCUACCCCAGGUGCUGAAGGACAUGGACAGUAUGCCCCUGAGCAGCCUCUCCACCUCAGCACUUGUGCAAGCGAUCCGACAGGAGGUGGCAAAGCUAGCGAAGAAGCAGAAUGACAUGUUUGAGUUCUAGGUUUGAUUCUGCUCCCAUGUGUGCAGGACAUGCACACAGUGGUGGCAUUCCUAUGGACAGAUUUUUGAUGUUUGUACUCUAUAACAGACUGAUGUUCUUUAUCCACUGAUGAUCCACUUAUUGAUUUCUUUUCAUACACCAUUGAUGUUUUUUUUUAGCUCCUGACUUUAGGGAAAUGAACAAAAGAUUAUUGCCAUCCUCUGUUGAUGAUGUCCAAAGUAAGUACACACAUCUCUCUGUAGAUAUGUCAAUAGGAGACGCUAAAUAUGGAAAAUGUCUUUUUUUCCCAUGAUCUCAAUUUUUUUGGUAAUCAGAGUUAAUUGAGAAGAGACAACCCCGUAGCGUUAUUGUCUGUACUGAGAGGACCAAAUUCUUCCUGUCAGAUGGGUAAGUAUAAACCACAGUGUAUAUGAGCAUGUACAGUAUAAGGACAUUGUGUAUCUAAUCUCCUUUUAUAGAACGUUAGCUUGAACAAGAUGGGCUCGAUCAAUAUCUGCUAAUAUCCGAAUCCAUACAAUAUCAAACCAGUGCAUCGCUUUUUAAUGUUUGUUUGCAGAUCACAUAAUAACACCAAUAACAACAAAUGCUUGUUAUCUUUGGUGGACUAAUAUUGUUUUUCUUUAUUUAGUUUAAACUAGUUUCUUUAAAUUAAGAAAUGGUUUAAAUACAGUGAAUGGGUAUUUGUGUUUUCAGUUUAACCCAAGUUAACAUGACGAUGCAUCCAUGAUGAUGUGACUGAUGAACUGUAUAUCUCCGUGUAUGCAAAGUGAGAGAAUCAUUCAUGACUGCAGUAUUUGUUGGGUGUUCAAAAAGUAAAUUCACUUGGUUAGCAUUAAGAGACCUUUCCUUUGAACAGUAAUAGGUGGUUAUUAUAGUAUAUUACUGUUGUCAAAUACUUAACCAUAUGUUUGGCUUUUUUAAUGUCGAAAACACAAACACUUUGGCUUUUGCAAACCCAAAUGAACAACUUUGAAGUCAAAUUUAUAUGCUCAGCUGGAUUUUUAUACUUUAUCAUUUGCCGAUGAUUCAGCACACGUACUCUACAAUUUCAAAUCCUUGAACAAAAUCCAGUCUCUUAACUUCUAGUAGUAUCGGCAUCGUUUCUUGUGAAGUUCAACUAUAAAGAUAGUGAGUAUAUGCUUGUUUACUGCCCCUAAAGCAUCUCGAUGGUCUCAAUGAGCACAUUUAAUGAAUAAAAUGCCACGUUUAUUUAAAUUACUGACACAUAAUGAGGUUCUGCAUCACCGCUCCCAUUCAGAGGUUUAAGCGCACAAGCCAUCGUCUCAUGGUUCAGAAACAGUGUUCAAGAUGAACAUAUCACUGUGGAUCAUCAUUGUGCCCUGGAGUCAUGCUAUAGAAGACAAUUACCUUCAUUUUUUUGGGAAGUUUUCAUAUGUAAUGAAACUAAGCCAGGUCAUACAUAACAAUAUAAAACAUGUCUGCCAACCUUGAAAGUUAAAAUGUGAGUAUUAAUGAUAGUGAUCCAGGCCCAGUAAAUACAGGAUAUAUAGUAUAUAAAUUUACAGGUUAAAUAAAAGACCAAGCCUUGAAUAGUAUAAAGGACACUUAUUACAAUUAUUUUAGCAGGGACAAGAAGAAAGGCGGUCACGAUUAUUCUCUGGAAAAAUGAAAAGAAAUCCUGCUGACUUUUCUAAUGGGAUGGGUUUAAUUUAGCCAUCUUUAUGAACUUUGUCAGCCUCAUGUUAGGACACCAUAUUAGGCCCCAAAACAAAUGUUUAAAACUCCCAUUGAAGGAAUUUUUUCCUCAUAUUUCACUGUGGCAUGAAAGGCUCUAGCAGGUUAGUUUGAACUCUUCAUGCAUAAUUGCUUGCACGGGAACUGAAAGUGGGACUGACUGAAGAUGAGUGCAUGUAGGCCUACACCAGGGAUGCUGCAAUAUAUUUGUAUACACACUGAGAUGGUAUAGAUUGCCUACUUUUAUUGAUAUUCACGUGGAAUGCUUUGCUGAUUAUGUUCUGAUCAAUGCUGUUGUGGGUAAACAGUGAGUGGUGACAUAAAGAGUGAAGAUGCCUUCAAAUCAUUGUUUCCUUUUAUAGAGCAGUAUUGCUUUUUCAGCAAUCCUGGAUGAAUUUAGCCUUUUUGCCUCAUGAUUACUUAAAAAGUCUCCUUCUUUUCCAGUAACUGUUAUUUUAUACUCAUCCCUGUUGAUGUGUAUGUAGUAAUGAAGAAAUCUUGUCUGUCCGAAACUCAACACAAACUGUCUGCUUGUUUUUAUUAAUUUUACUGAUUAUUCAGACAAGCACUUGUGUCUUAAAAGCUGUAGGUAAUACAGUGAAACCAUUUUUGUGAGUACCAGAAGUGAAGACCUUUCCACAUUCUCAUGCUGGAUAUCUGAGAAAACUUAGUGAUAUGAAACAAAGGGGUUUUAGGAUAUUAUUUGAUUUGAAAAAAGAUGAGUAUUUAUUCUCUAAAAUUAAAUGCAAA